UCCAUAUAACCUCGAAUUGAGAUAGCUUCCAAUAACAGUUUUAUAAACGUGAAUAAAAAACGCUUACUGUUAACAAGUUAUCAUGUCACUCGCGCGACAAGGACAGCAAUGGGGUACAUUUGCCCGUAUUUGGCACGUUUACGAUGCGAAAUGGCAAGAUCCAUAUAAGAGUGCUGAAUUAAUAAAACAUUAUCUUCUGGGAACGCACAAGCCAAUAUAUCAUCCACUAAGCAAUUGCGGCGAUCAUGUAGUAGUAAUAAACAGCAAGGAAAUUGCCUUACGCGGAGACGAAUGGCGAAAUCGUGUAUACUUUCAUCAUAAUACAUAUCAUGGAGGUGCCACAUGGACUCUUGCAUGGGAAUUACAUCAUAAGGAUCCAACUUUGAUUGUAGAAAAAGCUGUAUACAGGGCAUUACCGAAGACCUUACUACGAAGGCAUACUAUGCAAAGAUUACACAUAUUUCCAGAUGAAAAGAUACCUGAAGAUAUGUUGAAAAAUAUUACUAAUCAAAUCAAACAACUAAGGAUUGUUCCUGUACAACUAAAACGUAUUCCACGGACCGAAAUAGAUAACUUCCCACAACUUUUAAGAUAUCCCAAAAAUUAUAUUCUUAAAUAAGUUUAAUACUAUAUGAUAAUAUAGCCAAAUAAUAAUAUGUAUGUGUAUACUGUAUAUAUUAAUACCAAAACCUU